UCCUUUGAGGGGAGCCAUGGGGAACGCGCGGAGCGGGGCUCUCUCCAAGGAGAUCCUGGAGGAGCUGAAGUCGAGCACGCGCUACUCGGAGGAGGAGCUGUGCCGCUGGUACGAAGGCUUCCAGCGCCAGUGCCCCAGCGGGCGCAUCAGCCGCGGGGAGUUCGAGAAGAUCUACGGCACCUUCUUCCCCAACUCGGACCCGCAGGGCUACGCGCGCCACGUCUUCCGCAGCUUCGACACCAACGACGACGGCACCCUCGAUUUCCGGGAGUACAUCAUCGCGCUGCACCUCACCUCCUCCGGCAAGACCCACCUCAAGCUGGAGUGGGCCUUCUCCCUCUUCGACGUCGACCGCAACGGGGAGAUCAGCAAAGGGGAGGUGCUGGAGAUCAUCACGGCCCUGUUCCGGAUGAUCCCCCCCGAGGAGCAGCAGCAGCUGCCGCCGGACGAGAACAGCCCCCAGAAACGGGCCGACAAGCUCUGGGCCUUCUUCGGCAAGGGCGAGCACGGUGCGGCCCCCCCGCGCCCCCCAACCGACCCCCCACCGCCCCCC